UGUUUCUUAGAUUUCAUGGCAUGUCACAGUGUCCGAAAGAGGGGUUCCUCUUCCGACACGGAUGACAAAAACUGACCCUUCCAUCCAUGCUUUAAGAGGGAAAGUGCUGCGUGUUCCUGCUCUGUUGCGGGGGCUGAAAAGACUCGUCUGUAGUCUGAUAGUGUGCAGUCCUCCUUGUGUUCAUUUUUUUUGCUGUAGAUAAGACCACAGGAACUCAAAAUCACAGCUCUUAUCUGUUUCAUGCUCCUUAGUACCGGUCCAGGAAGAGGAGCGCUACCCCACCUCACAUCAAUCAGUGGAUUAAAAUAGCACUGUAUACAGCAGUGCAUAUACCUGUGAUUACUCAAGCUGCAUUCAGCUUCUCAAGUGCACUAACACAAAUGUCCCUUCAGCUAGUGUUUAUCAUUCUAAGACCUGCAAUUAAAGACCUGGCAAUGCAGAUUGUGGCUUGUCCCUCUCAGCAACCAGUGUUUUGUGUAUCGGUUUCUCUUGGAAGGUUUCUGGCCUAGUCUCCGGCUGUGUCCAUACACUGAAAAAUGCUGCUUUUGGAGGAUAGAAAGGCAACAAAGUAUGUCUGAAUUCAAAAUGUGUAUAACAACAUGUCUAUUAAGAUGCUAGUGGACUAGUAUGCCACUUGAAAUCACGUGAAUUUCAAGUGGCAUACUUAAAAGUAAUGGCUUAAACCUUUACAAUAAGGUCUCAUUUGACAGAAAACCUUUCAGAUUUUGAAGAAAAUAUAUAUAUAUUGAUCAUGUUUGGAGGUUACAACACUGCUGAGAAAACCCCAGAAAAAGUGAUGCAAUUUAUUGAUUUAUUUUAUUAUUCAUGCCUGACAUUAUGACUGUUAGAAGGUAUAUAUGACAGGUCAUAAAAUCAAGUUUGGGCUUGUUCAACUCAUGUCAACUGCAUCUGGGCCAAAUUUUGGUUUGAUAUCUCAAAGCAAUCAAAAGUUAUGGCAUUUCGAACCAUGGUAACCUUUUAUCAAAAGUCCAAAAACCUCUCCAAACAAGUGACCUACAAGUGAGUGUUUUACUGAACAUGUGUAAACGCCACAAAGCAUAAGCAUACUUAUAAUCACAGAAUAGAUAAUCACAUAGAACAAGUAAUAAGAUCCUGGUUGAUGAGUGAGGUUUAUCUUCCAGUGCUGUUGUUUUAGCUGUGCGCUCCUAUUCUAUGGUGCACGGUAAAUCAAGAGCUUUCAAGCUGAGCGAUUAAUCCAAUCCAAGCACGCUCCAGCUGUAAAACGGUGUCCGAUUGGUCUACACCUCGUCCCUACCCACCGUAUGAAAUAUGGUAAAAGUGUUUUAAAGGAGCUGGGAGUACUACACUUUUAUUGGCAGCUGAAAGUGUAAUAAAAUUGAGUCAUACUAUUUAGACCAGGGGUGUCCAAUCCUGCUCCAACUCCAAUAAAACACACCUGAACCAGCUAAUCAAGCUCUUACUUGGCAUACUAGAAACUUCCAGGCAGGUGUGUUGAGGCAAGUUGGACAGUGGCCCUCCAGGACCGAGUUUGGACACCCCUGAUUUAAACUAAUAAAUGAUGAACCAACAAGCAUGGAUGUCCAGGACUUGAAAUUCUGUAGUAUUCUGUAGAGUUUUUACAGGUGCAUUCGUGCAGAUUUUGUGUGGGCCUGCUCAUUAGACAUGACGUUAUGGUGCUUUGGAAGUCUGCCUGAAACCAGUUUCCUUAGGAGGUGCCUUCAAAACUGAUGUAUGUCAUUGAAUGUUUAACCAUUAUAAAGAAGAUCUGAUGAGGAUGUCGAGGAAGGCAUAAGUAAACAGAGGGAGGGGAAAUGGUGAGGCAGACAAUGCUGCUGAUAGAGCUGUUUCCUGCUGCAGAGAGAACGGCAGUACGGACGGCUGGAGUGGAAGAACAGCCUCAUUAGUGCUACAGGUCUGCGGUUGCUACACCAGCCGUCGUCUUUUCUGACACUGUAGAGUGUUUCAGCUCAGCAGAUUCAGUAAUGGACUUCCCAGUAAAGAACAGCCACUGGAACUUCUGAAGCCGUCUGGAGUUAACCACAUUCCUUCUGUUGAUGUGAGUGCGGCACUGCCACUGCAAGUGCCGCCUUCUGCCAUCCCCAUGGACCUGCGUGUAGAUCACCAGUUCGCCCUGGCGCCGACAGACUCGGCCCAGCGUGAGCAGCAGCUGCAGCAGGAGCUACUGGCCCUCAAGCAGAAACAGCAGAUUCAGAGGCAGCUCCUGAUCGCAGAGUUUCAGCGGCAGCACGAGCAGCUCUCGCGCCAGCAUGAAGCGCAGCUGCAGGAGCAUGUCAAGCAUCAGCAGGACCUCCUGGCCCUGAAACAUCAGCAGGAGCUCCUGGAACACCAGCGGAAGUUGGAGCGCCAUCGUCAGGAACAGGAACUGGAGAAACAGCAGCGGGAACAGAAGCUCCAGUUACUCAAAAACAAAGAACGCGGCCAAGAGAGUGCUGUGGCGAGCACUGAGGUGAAGAUGAGGUUGCAGGAGUUUGUCCUCAACAAGAAGAAAGCGCUGGCCCAGAGGAGCCUCAACCACUGCCUGCCCAGUGACCCACGCUACUGGUACGGGAAAACCCAGCACAGCUCUCUGGACCAGAGCUCACCACCUCAGACAGGGAUUUCCACUUACAACCACCCGGUGCUGGGAAUGUACGACCCCAAAGACGACUUCCCGCUCCGCAAGACGGCAUCUGAGCCCAACCUGAAGCUACGAUCCAGGCUGAAGCAGAAAGUUACGGAGCGCAGGAGUAGCCCGCUGCUUCGGAGGAAGGAUGGGCCGGUCACCACUGCAAAGAAACGUUCUCUGGACAUGGCAGAAUCAGCAUGUAGCAGUGCUCCUGGUUCUGGUCCAAGUUCACCCAACAACAGUUCAAACAACAUUACCAAUGAGAAUGGCAUCGCUGGAUCAAUCUCCAACAGUUCAAUGGAGCCAUCUUUGGCACACAGACUCGCCGGCAGAGAGGGUCCUGUUAGCCAGCUGUCUCUGUACACAUCGCCCUCCCUUCCCAACAUCACCCUGGGCCUGCCAGCCACCGGCCCUUCCAGUAUGGCAUCUGGCCAGCAGGAUGGUGACAGAAUGGCAGUGCAAGGCUUACAGCCAGGAAUACCCAUAACCACUCCAUUCAUGCCAGGAGCCCACCUGCCUUCUUACCUGGCUGCUUCCAGCUUAGAGCGGGAUGGCGGCUCGGCACACAACACUCUCCUCCAGCAUAUGGUGCUUCUGGAGCAGUCAGCCGCACAGAACUCCCUGGUCGCAGGCCUGGGUGGCGUGCCUCUGCAGUCCCAUCCCAUCCAUAAGCUCCGGCAGCAUCGGCCCCUCGGACGCACGCAGUCGGCCCCCCUGCCCCAGAACGCCCAGGCGCUGCAACAGCUGGUGGUUCAACAGCAACACCAGCAGUUCCUGGAAAAACACAAGCAACAGUUCCAACAGCAGCAGCUUCACAUCAGCAAGAUGAUGGCUAAGCCGAACGAGCCGGGCCGACAGCACGAGAGCCACCCGGAGGAGACAGAAGAGGAGCUGAGGGAACACCAGGGGCUGGGAGACUCCUCGGAGGGUCUUCCCCACGGGGUCACCAUCAAACAGGAACCUCCAGAUGAACAGGAUGAAGAGUUCCAGCAGAGAGAGAGACAAGCUGAGGAAGAGAUGCUCUUCAGACAGCAAGCUCUCCUGUUGGAGCAACAGAGGAUCCAUCAGCUGAGGAACUAUCAGGCAUCUAUGGAGGCGGCCGGACUGUCUGUGACCUUCCCAGGCCAUCGGCCCCUGUCCAGAGCACAGUCGUCCCCGGCCUCAGCGACCUUUCCCAUUGUGGUGCAGGAACCACCAGCCAAACCGCGCUUUACCACCGGUCUGGUGUACGACACUCUGAUGCAGAAACACCAGUGCAUGUGUGGAAACAGUAACAUCCACCCCGAGCACGCCGGACGCAUCCAGAGCAUCUGGUCGCGACUGCAGGAGACAGGACUGCGUGGCCAGUGUGAGUGUAUUCGAGGCAGGAAAGCCACUCUGGAGGAGCUACAGACGGUCCACUCUGAGGCUCAUGUGCUGCUUUAUGGAACCAACCCCCUCAGACAGAAACUGGACAGCUCAGUGACACCCAUGUUCGUGAGACUGCCGUGCGGAGGAAUCGGGGUUGACAGUGACACUAUCUGGAAUGAAGUUCACUCGUCCAGUGCUGCUCGUCUGGCUGUGGGAUCUGUAGUGGAUCUGGUGUUUAAGGUGGCUUCAGGAGAGUUGAGGAACGGCUUUGCUGUGGUUCGACCUCCAGGACACCACGCUGAGGAGAGCACUCCCAUGGGAUUUUGCUAUUUCAACUCUGUCGCCAUUGCAGCCAAACUCCUACAGCAGAGACUCAACGUCAGUAAGAUUCUCAUUGUAGACUGGGAUGUUCAUCAUGGCAACGGGACUCAACAGGCCUUCUACAGUGAUCCUAAUGUCCUGUAUGUGUCUCUCCAUCGCUACGAUGAUGGGAACUUCUUCCCUGGCAGCGGAGCCCCUGAUGAGGUGGGCAUCGGUCCAGGCGUGGGCUUUAACGUGAACAUGGCCUUCACCGGAGGUCUGGAGCCUCCCAUGGGGGACGCAGAGUAUUUGGCAGCAUUCAGGACGGUUGUGAUGCCUAUUGCGAAUGAGUUCGCUCCAGACGUGGUGCUGGUUUCUUCGGGAUUCGACGCUGUGGAGGGGCACCCGCCACCCCUGGGAGGAUACAAACUCACAGCCAAAUGUUUUGGCUACCUGACCAAGCAGCUGAUGGGACUGGCCGGCGGCCGGCUGGUGCUCGCGUUGGAGGGGGGUCACGACCUCACCGCCAUUUGCGAUGCCUCCGAAGCAUGUGUUUCUGCUUUACUUGGAAACGAGUUGGAUCCGAUUCCUGAAGACGUGCUACAACAGAGGCCGAACCCCAAUGCCAUUCAAUCCAUGGAGAAAGUUCUGGAAAUCCAGAGUAAAUACUGGCGCUCACUGCAGCGAUCUGCCUCGACUCUGGGCUACUCUCUGCUGGAGGCUCAGAGAUGUGAAACUGAAGAGGCAGAGACGGUGACCGCCAUGGCCUCCCUGUCUGUAGCCAACAAGCACAUGGGAAAGAGGACAGAAGAGGAGCCUAUGGAAGAGGAACCUCCAUUGUAGAAGGUCCGCUCGACUGCCUUGGUGACCCUCUCAGCUCAGAGCCUCUUCAAGGCCUCUGACGUCACUCUACUCUCUCCAUCCGUUUCAUUUUUUGUCCCGCGAUGUGCGCACUUUGAGCACGGGAUCCGAAACGGCCUGAAGAAAUCUCCGUGACACCCAGAGUGCGACAAACGUCUCAGCCGUGUUAGUCUGUCUCUGUCCGUGGCAGCGAGUCCAGGAUUGUGCAUCCUGGUCUGUCCGCAGGGACACUUAACAUUUGAGCAGGACAUAGACUCAUGUUUCUUUGUUAGAUGUGAGAGCUGGUGCUUUCGACAUGAACUUUUUUUCAUUAUUUUCCAGAGCCACUAUAGUCCACAUGAUUGAUUUCGGCUGUGGGUCUACGUUUUUUUUAUUUUUUAUUUGUCGAUUGUUCGUUUGUCUGUUUUUCUUUUAUCUUGGAGAAAAAAGUGACUCGUUCCAUUCGCCAUCCGAGUUACUGCUUCUGACAUUCACGACGAGAGACCCACAGGGGUGGACGAUGCGAUUGGGAGAGAGGGCGAAGGAUUCUGGGAAGCCCGACAGAGAGCCACGAGAGUGACAAUUUGAGUUUGUGCCUUUUCAAAAGAGUUUCCGUGACGGAUCGAGAAGAACAUUGCCUUAAACUAGUUACAGGAGGGGACGACGUUUUCUUGUCGCGACGGUCAAAGGCUGGCCUAAAGAAUGGAGAAACCCUCAGCAUGUUUACCAAGAACUCCCUGCAGAUAUCUUCAUGUUUCACACGCAUUAUGACCUGUUUUAUGUUCCUUCAUUUUUACUGUGCUUGUGUUGGAUGUUACAUGACUUAAAGUGUCACUGACAAACGAACUUUAAGGUAGUUGCCAGCUGUCCGAGGGCAAAAUUUAGUCGGAGCGCUUCGAUUCUCCAGCGCUUUAGAAGGCGAGCCAAUGUAGCGACUCAUUUCAACUCUAAUGACCAAAUACGCACCUCCACCUCCUCCGACGACGAAAGGUUAACCAGCAUGCAGCUUUCCAUCUGCCAAGUUAAGAAUUCAACCGUCGUAGAUUGACAGCGCCAACGAGCAUGAGUUCGCUGUUAAGCCACUAGCUGCGAGCAUAUAGGAUAGGGCUGCGAUGACCACGCGUCGUACGAUUUGUAGUUCGAGACACACUUUCUAUUUUUCCUUCUCUCGACAUGUUGUACUUUUAUAUAGCUAUGAAUGUCUAGUAUUCUGGUUACUUUACAGUUUAUCAAAGGGCACUAGCGUAUCACUACUAUUAUUCUACUCAGCAGAUGGUCAGUUUUAUUGACACCUUUGAAACAAGCGGAAAAGGGCUGGUUACCGAUUUUAAAUGUACCACUGAGCCUUCAGACGUGCCACCUGGUGAGAUUUAGCGCUGGUUUCCUGCCGACGGGCCUGAGCGAGGAGGGUUAUGGGCCUUUGACUAGGGGCAGGUGCUACCGAACAUGUGCUCGUCACAUGACACAACCCAGGAAGUAGCGGGACCACCAGCUUCCACGCCUCUGAGACGACUGUGAUACUCAGACAAUCUGCAUGGGACAUUGACAUAGUCGCCUUCGAAACGGCACAUAGAAUUGUAUAUAUACGCAAUUAUGCAUGCUGACAGUAGAUCAUUUGGCUUGACUUUGAUUGUACAUUGAACUUUAUUCGAUUUUGGACUGAUGAAGAGGCGGUGAUUUGUUUGACAACCCCUGACUCAUGUUUAGCCUCUCGGCAACUACCUUUGGCAUUCUUUUUCCGUGUGUCACGUUCAAUAUGAGACGCAUUAAGGCGGGAGAUUUGACUCACCGUUGCCAUUGUUCCUCGACUUCAUUUUUAUAUAUGCCUGUCAUGUAUGACUACUCCACUUUGGGUCCGUGCCCAUUAUUUUCUUGUCCGUUUUUCUUGGUUUUUUUGCCUCGUGUGCUCGUUUGUCCUGUUUUUUUUUUUUUUUUUUUUACUUUUGGAUUAUGUACUUGUUCAUUUGUCAGUCUUUAUGUAGUUGACAAUGUGUUUUACAUGCUCAAGUCUUUAGUUUCUUGUUUUGGAGUCUUUUUUUAAUUUGUUUUUUUUUUUGUAUGCGGUGGGAGGGAGAUGCUUUUACUUUGUAUAAUGAUUAUGACAAUUGUGUAUUUACUACGUUCUGUUUAUAGUAGAUUUAUAUUACAAAGAUCUAUAGAUAUAUUAUAUAUUAUAAAGAUUGCUGACUCAAAUAAGAAAACUAGUAUUGCAAAGUGAUAUAUUUCAGUACGUGGUCUGGCUUCGGCCGUUCGCUGGUUCCACUGAAGGCACUGUUUAUUGGUUUCUUGCAUUCACAGUAGCAUUACUCUGGCAUUGUAAACUCUUGAUCAAACCGAUCUUUGCGGUUCAAGGCUUCAGUUUUACAGCGUGCUCUCUAAACUCUCAUACAAAAGUCCCGU